AUGAGUUUUCAGUAUCCCGGUGUGGACUAUGACCUGCGCUACCGCGUUGAUGAGUUAGGCGUUGGCCGCAACAACACGCACUGGCAGAACAUUGGGCGUGAUAGUGACAGAUUCCAUGCCAUUGGCGUGAGUACCGAGCUUGCAGGAUGCGAAUCGCCCAUCCUGCAAGUGCGCGAGGUCGCAAUGAUGAUCUUCAUGAACAAGAUCACAGACAAGGAGGGUUGGGAAGAGAAAGUCUUUGACGACGAUAUCGUGGCCAAAUGGCGGCAAGAAGCCAUGACACAGUCCGAAGAAGGAUUGUGGAAGAUGAUCUGCCCUGGUCAGCGCUUCGAGGCAAGGCACGCCGACAAAAUCCACAUGCCGCGCGUGGCGAGGCUCCUCUCCGAGGAGACCUUCAACUAUGGUAUUGCCGAGCUGCGCAAUAAGGCGGCCUACUUCAUAUCAUCCAAGCUCAUCCCGACCCUCGAUGCUGGCCACCACACCGUUGUCAAGUCCGACAACUUGGUUGAUGAUGAGCUCCAUGUCAUGCUGGCUGCCGCCUUCGACAAGCUUCAGAGAGACGCUCUUGGGAAAGAAGACUGGCAUCCGGGGAGUGAUGAAAUGCAACAAAAUCUUGUUCAUCCUUCCAUGUAUCCGCUGGUAUGGGGGCGUUCCAAGUUCUUGCGCGAAGAAAAGGUCGGUGUGGCCGAUGCAAUCGCGCACAUAGGCCAAGGAGAGACGACUCCGUCCCAGGCUGAGGAUCCUGAGGCGCCCAAGACGAAGGCUAGACGACACGCCUACUCGAACUACAUCGGUAGCGGCUCGAUUUCUUCGGGGUACUGGUCCGAAAAGUAUCAGUGGCUUCCCUCACUGGUGGACGUGAAGAAUGGCACGCCCAAGAUCGCCAGUUACAUCAACGGGCUGCAUCCGCAACAGCACCCUGAAAUCUAUGGCGCGGUAGAGAAACUCAUUGACGCUGUCAUACCGGCAUGGGACCAGUGCCUACGGGGAAUGAGCAGGUACACCGUAGAGACUCCCGCUGGACGAACGUCAACCCGGUUCAAGCAGAUCGGCUAUGCCGAUGACGACAAUGAGUCGCUUUGGGAACCAUUCGACCUCGACGAGUGGAGGGAUAUCCAGCAUGAGCCGAGCAAAGACACUCUCGAGGAACUAGCUGAACAAUUCGACUUGGAGGAUGUGCGGAAUGACGAAGCAGAAUGGGAAGGAGUCCGGAACGGCCCACGAGAACUGACUGAGGAUGACAAGCAGCUAGCUAAAUGGCUCGAGCUGCGAGACCCCGUGUAUCCCGAGCCAGCUGAGUUUCAGACGAUCGACUACGAGCCGCAGCAUGCGAGCAUCCGUCAAAGAUUCGCCAAACAUGGCCUUCAAAUCAUCGUCAAGAUGGCCUCUGCCGAGCUGACGCCCGAGAAGCCCGAAUUCGCCGGUGGAAAUUGGCACAUUGAGGGCCAGAUGAACGAGCGUAUCUGUGCCACGGCGCUGUAUUACGUGGACUCGGAGAACAUUGAGGCAAGCACCUUGUCUUUCCGGAUGCCUACGUCCAGCUAUAUCUCGGAUGAUAUGCAAGCUGGACAGGAUAGCUACCACUGGCUUGAGCUGGUACACGGCGCAUCACUGGGCGCCUCGCGAGGCCUUGCCGGCUCCUGCCUACAGACGUAUGGGGAGAUUGAAACCCGACAAGGUCGGGUCCUCGCCUUUCCCAAUGUCUUCCAGCACAAAGUGUCACCCUUCAAGCUCAAGGACAACACCAAGCCUGGUCACCGUCGCUUCGUGGCCCUGUGGCUCGUCGAUCCCCACCACCGAAUCCUCUCGACGGCCAACGUCCCUCCCCAGCAGAGUAGUUGGUGGAAACAAGAGGCCAAAGAAGGCGAGGAGACGUCGCUCCCGGACGGAUGUAUGACUCUUGACGAGGCCAAGGAGCACCGCCUUGCACUGAUGAAAGAGCGCACCGCGAGAACGAACGAGAUGGAGGAAAGAUGGGUCAGAACGCAAUAUGACUUCUGCGAGCACUGA